AUGACUGAUUAUACAACUCCCUCAUCUGUCAGGGAGGACUUUGAACACACACGACGCUGCAGAUUUAACAGAGGAAUUUCAGCAAGCCAGACACAAGAGGGAGUGGCCUCAGGGAGAAUUUCCAUUUGCUCGUUUUUUUUCAAGCAUGUACUUGUGUGUGUGCUGCCCAGACGGGAAAAUACAACAAUGACAAGCGUAAUAGUGUGGGCGCUUUUGCUGCUGAACAUGGCUGAUGCUGUGGAUAAGACCAGAGGAUCUAAAGCAAGUGUCAACGUCGCCGCAGGUCGCACCGGUGCUUCUUACGUGGGGAAACUGCUGGUGAUACCCAUGGAUGGGAGUCAUUGGGUGGGUAUGAAGGCCAUUGCUCAGGAAAUGGGUCGGCGCGGACAUCAGGUCACCGUUGUGAUGCCAGAGAUCACCCUACUCAUUGGUCCAGGGGAGCACUAUGACACUCUGACAUACCCUCUUCCGUUUGACAAAGCCUUUGUUGACUUUGUGAUGUCCAAGAAUGAAGACGUGCUGCAAAAAUCUACGCAGCCUUUCAUAGAGAGAAUCCAGGAAAAAUUCUCACAAAUACAGAGAAUUACAGAAUUGCUUCACACCACUGCAGAGAGCCUUCUGUUCAAUGCAAGUAUUAUCUCACAUCUGGCUCAGCGGGGAUUUGACGCUGUCCUGACAGACCCCAUGGUGCCGACAGGCUCUUUAAUAGCCCGCAAAUUAGGUAUUCCCACAGUUAAUUUACUGAGGGGAAUUCCGUGUUUUUUGGACAUGCAGUCUUCAGGGUGUCCAUCGCCGCCUUCAUAUGUGCCUCGCUUCUUCACUGCCCUCACAGAUAAAAUGGACUUCAAACAAAGAGUCCUCAACACCUUGGUAAGUGCACUAGAGCCCCUCCUCUGCCGAGUCAUCUAUUGGCGUUUUGACCGAAUUGCCUCCGAGUUCCUGGAAGAGGACGUGGGUGUAGCUGAGGUGCUGUCGGACUCUGCAAUCUGGCUGCACAGGAUUGACUUCACACUGGAGUUCCCACGCCCGUUAAUGCCGAACAUGGUGCCAGUUGGGGGCAUCAACUGCAAUGUGAGGACUCCUCUGCCUGAAGAUUUGGAGCCCUGGGUGUCAGGAAAGCAUGGAUUUGUUGUGUUCACACUGGGCACCGCAUUGAAAAAAAUCCCAAAUGAGAUAACCAAAGUCUUCCUGGAAGCAUUCAGACAGAUUCCACAGAAGGUAAUAUGGAGAUAUUCUGGGCUUGUUCCUGAAAACACACCAGAAAAUGUAAAGAUGAUGAGCUGGGUCCCCCAAAAUGACUUACUCGCUCAUCCUGGAGCUCGGGCCUUCAUAACGCAUGGUGGCUCACACGGUAUCUAUGAGGGACUUUGUCAUGCCGUUCCCAUGGUGAUGGUACCGAUUGGUGGGGACCAGCCAGACAAUGCAGAAAGAAUGGCAAGUCGAGGAGUGGGAGUGGUGUUGGAUAUUUCAUCAAUCACCGCAGGAGACCUGCUGCAGGGACUGAAUGAGGUCAUUAAUGACACUAGAUACAAAGAAAACAUGAAGAGGCUGUCAGCGUUACACAAAGACCGCCCUGUUGACCCACUGGACCUCUCGGUGUACUGGACCGAGUUUGUGAUGCGGCAUAAAGGGGCCAAGCAUCUUCAAGCAGCUGUUCGUGACCUCAACUGGUUCCAGUACUUCUGUCUGGACGUAAUAGCGCUACUUGCUACAAUUGUACUGUUUUUUAUGAUCUUGACAGUUAAAUGUUUGAAGUUAUGCUGUCAGAAACCGAGCACAAAGAGGAAGCAAGACUAGAUUAGCACCUGUAAUAUCUGGUUAAUGAAUAAAACAAAAACAAAAACUAUGCAAGGGGAGCUGCACAUUCAUGUGUAGAAACAGUAAAUGAAGCCAGGUGGUGAUUAAAGAGACAUUUAAUGAAUGCAAAUUCAUUUAAUGAAUGCAAAUUCAGAAUAACAUUAGAAUCAAUGGGUUUAACCGGGGGAUACGAGUACGGCCGAUGAUGUGCAUUAGUGGGAACCCUUCUUUGGUGGGAACAGGGCGUACUCAACAGCCAGAGCAACGGUAAAGGCAGCAAAGCCCCACUUGAAUCCUCUCAGUAGCACAUCGGACAGAGUUACAGCACGUGCGAAGCCACCCGAGUACCUCCAUGCCUCGUUACUAAACAAAGAGAGAGACAGGAGCGGAGUAAACAAUCACAACACGAACAAAUGUGUCACAAGUACUGCAAAAAACUCAGCUCUAUAGAAAUGCUCACCGGGCCCACGGGUCCUUGAGGCCCCUGGCCGCCAACCUUUGCUGUGUGAAUUCCAGUGGCGUGCCCUCUACCUUCCACUGCCGCCA